CCGGCGCGGCCCCGGCCCUGGCCCCGGCAAGGCUUCGGUGCGGCGGGUUCGGUUCUUGGUGUAGCGGCGCCUGGCGCUCGCAGAUCACCCAGAAGACACGAUGAGCGUUAAAGCUUUCAAGCUUGUCUCUGCUGUUGAGCGGGAGAUGUUAAUGGGAGACAAAAAUCACAUCAACAUUGAAUGCAUUGAGUGUUGUGGAAAGAACCUCUAUAUUGGAACCAACGACUGCUUUAUCUAUCACUUUAUGUUGGAUGAGAAGAUAUCAACAUCUGGAAAAAUAACCUUUGCAGCCACCAAGCAACUGCAUAAAUACCUGGGCUUCAAGAAGCCUGUGAGUGAGUUGAAAGCAGCUUCUGCACUCACCAGGCUUCUUGUGCUUUGUGAUAACACAAUAACUCUAGUUAAUAUGAUGAACUUGGAACCUGUUCCCACGGGCGCUAGAAUCAAAGGAGCUGUGACAUUCACAUUAAAUGAGAAUCCUGUGAGUGGGGACCCUUUCUGUGUUGAAGUCUGCAUCAUCUCAGUCAAGCGACGGACCAUUCAAAUGUUCAUGGUGUUUGAAGACAGGGUCCAGAUAGUGAAGGAAGUGGUUACCCCAGAGCAGCCCUGUGCUGUGGCUGUAGAUGGUUAUUACUUAUGUCUUGCACUUACUACACAGUAUAUAAUUUUGAAUUACAAUACUGGCAUCUCCCAGGAUCUAUUUCCCUACUGCAGCGAUGAGAAACGGCCAAUUGUGAAAAGAAUAGGCAGACAAGAGUUCCUGUUGGCUGGUCCUGGAGGGCUAGGCAUGUUUGCAACUGUAGAUGGCAUUUCGCAGCGUGCUCCUGUGCACUGGUCGGAGAACGUGAUUGGAGCAGCUUUGUGCUUUCCCUAUGUGGUUGCUUUGGAUGAGGAUUUCAUUACAGUGCACAGCAUGUUGGACCAGCAGCAAAAGCAAACCCUGCCAUUUAAAGAAGGCCAUAUUCUACAGGAUUUUGAAGGAAAAGUGAUUGUUGCUACUAAUAAGGGUGUGUAUAUCUUGGUACCGCUGCCUUUGGAAAAGCAGAUUCAGGAUCUUCUAGCUAGCCACAGAGUGGAAGAAGCCCUUGUUCUAGCAAAAGGAGCUCGAAGGAAUAUUCCAAAAGAGAAAUUUCAGGUAAUGUACAAACGAAUUUUGCAGCAAGCAGGUUUUAUACAGUUUGCACAGCUUCAGUUCCUUGAAGCAAAAGAACUCUUCAGAAGCGGCCAGCUUGAUGUCCGGGAGCUGAUCUCUCUCUACCCCUUCCUGUUGCCUACUUCCUCUUCAUUUAUACGGUCUCAUCCUCCACUGCAUGAGUAUGCUGACCUAAACCAGCUGACCCAAGGGGACCAGGAGAAGAUGAUAAAAUGCAAACGAUUUCUCAUGAGUUACUUGAAUGAAGUCCGCAGCACUGAGGUUGCAAAUGGCUACAAGGAAGAUAUUGACACGGCUUUGCUCAAGUUAUACGCAGAGGCAAAUCAUGAAAGCCUGCUGGAUCUGCUGGUUUCAGAGAACUUUUGUCUUCUGACUGAUAGUGCUGCAUGGCUGGAAAAGCACAAAAAGUAUUUUGCCCUUGGUCUCCUGUAUCACUACAAUGGUCAAGAUGCUGCAGCACUUCAGUUAUGGGUGCAAAUAGUUGAUGGAGACAUUGAAGACUCUACACGUUCAGAUCUCUACGAAUAUGUGGUAGACUUCCUGACGUUCUGCUCAGACCAGGAUUUGGUGUGGAAAUACUCCGAAUGGGUUUUACAAAAAAAUGAAGAGGUUGGAGUGCAGGUUUUUACUAAAAGACCUUUGGAAGAGCAAGAGAAGAACAACAUGAAUCCAGAUGAUAUCAUCAGUUGCCUUAACAAAUACCCUAAAGCACGUAUUAAGUAUCUGGAACAUCUCGUAUUGGAAAGAAAAAUAGAGAAAGAGAAGUACCACACUCAUCUGGCUGCCUUGUAUUUGGAGGCAAUACUUCAGCUAAAAUCUGGGACCACAGGUAACUGUGCGGAAACGAUUGAACUGCUGUUGAAACUACGCAGCCUUCUUCAGAAGUCUGAUCUUUAUAGAAUUCACUUCAUUUUGGACAAAAUCCGUGGCACAGACCUUCACAUGGAAAGUGCAAUUUUAUAUGGAAAACUAGAAGAACACGAGAAGGCUUUGCGUAUCCUUGUCCAUGAGUUAAAGGAUUUCCGUGCUGCUGAAGAAUACUGCAUAUGGAACUCUGAGAACAGAGAUCUGCAGUACAGGCAGAGGCUCUUCCAUAUGCUGCUGUCAGUAUAUCUGAAUCCAGACGCUUCGGAUUGUGCACUGGUCAUGGCUGCUGUAGAUCUCUUGAAUAACCAUGCUGCUGAGUUUGAUGCAGCUCUGGUUUUGCAGCUGGUGCCUGACAGCUGGUCAGUGCAGCUCCUCUCUCCAUUCCUGGCCGGAGCAGUGAGGCAAAGCAUUCAUACAAAAAGAAUGACUCAGGUUGCACUUGGGUUAGCACAAGCCGAAAACUUGAUCUACAAAUAUGAGAAGGUCAAACAUAAAGGAACUCCAAUUCUUCUUUCGGACAAAAAGGUCUGUCAGGUGUGCCAAAAUCCUUUCUGUGAGCCUGCAUUUGUAAGAUACCCAAACGGGGGUAUGGUCCACACACACUGUGCUGCAAACAGACAUCUGAACUCAAAUGUGACUCCUCACUCUUCCAGCUCCAGCAGUGAGACUUGAAAUAUGUUCUAGAUCCCAGAGGUUCCCAUGGCUUAUAUCACACUGAAAACGGACUGGAAAAAAAUAAAAUACAAGUGCAGCUACUUUAAGCAUAAAUGAAGAUGAACAGAUAGUCAUUGGGUCACUGGGAGGACUUCAGUCAAUAUAAAAUAUGGCCAAUUGCCUUCUCAGUUUCUAAUGAAUGUAAAUAGAGGAAAAAAAUUCACUACCAGAAAUGGAGAGGUGCAAAUACAGACUUGUGUGUAUAGUAAUAAGAGUCAAAGGAAGUGAGCCUUUUUUUCCACAGUAAGGAUGAAUGUUGUGGAGACAAGGUAAACCGUUAUUUUCAGACGUGUCACUUUGCACUGAACGUGGUGUUGAUGAAUUUGUAAAGGUGGAGGUGGUAUCUGUUGGAGUAGGAAUUCUUGGAGCAUUACACAAGACUGGCAUCGUGCAGCUGACUAUCAGGACAAAAGCACACUUUGCUUAUGAUGUUUGCUGCAGCACAUCCUCUUUUGGGCUGGAUUCUCUUCCCCAGGAUCACAUAAUGAACACGUUCUUUGCUCUACAAGUUGUAGGCUUUUGCACUUUUUCAUACUCUUAUUUCUUUCCCCUCUUCUCUGCUGUAUAAAGUUAAGCACUAGCCUGUUAAUUUUCUGCUCCUAUGGUUACUGUAGUAAACCGAGUGGAAACUGAUAGCCUUGGUCACACAGCUGUACUUGGAUGAAGAGAUGAAGUCAGGUUAUCUGGUCGGUCUGUAGACACUUUUUUAUGGGGGAAGAAAUUUUUAAUAUUGAUUUAUUUAUUAAUAUGCAAAUAUACUGUACAUACAGUUGAAUAAAUUUAUCUUAUAUCAUCAUAGGGUUUCUUUGGAGGAUAAAGGAUGUUAGCUGAUGUGGAAUUGUGUAGGUUGUGCUUAAAUGUUUGUUAUAACUUAGGCUGACUGAAACUCAACAGGAAUAGGUAUUAAUACCUGUGGAUGACUUUGUGCAAUCAAGUUCAUGGGAAAGUGGCAUAACUGGGAAGAAAUCUACAAAGGUGCACUACAGAGAUACUGAAUUUGUUGCGUUCUGCAAAAUGUUCUGUAAACUAAUGCUUUUCAGACAGCAGCAAAACUUGUACUGAAUUGCCAUGAUAAACCAUUCAGCCAUUUUAAAGCAGUUGAUGGGCAGCUUUCCACAGGAGAGGCUCAGAAACAGUGAUUCAAAUAAAAUAGUAUUUCAAAGUGAAAGCAUUUCAUUUAAUUUUAUAAGUUAAUAAAUACUAAGCUUAGUGAACAGCAUGCAGCUGAGAUUGCCAGUAGGCUGCUUACUGCUUUAGUGUUCCAAAUCAGAGUUGAGACUUUCAGCAGAGCAGGUUAUUUGCAUGGUAUCUUCUGGAUAUGGUCUCAGAAGAGAUCUCCUGUUACAGAACGUUGGCUUAUGGAACAGCUUUUUCAGUGCAGUUGCAGUCCAGAGUUGGGCAACCAGACUACAUCGUGGGGGAGCGGGGAGGAAAUAUCCGUUUCUUUGUCUUGGAAGUAAAAGUCCUUUGGACCUUUCUUUUUUCCUGAGUCUGAAAUCAGAAAAGCAUACCUAUUGUAUUGAGUUUAAAGAAAAUAAUUAAGUUUUGCAGCUCCCUCUGCCCAGACACUAAAGACAAAUUUGAUGGAAAGCACCUUCCAAAAGGCAUUCGAUCUCAUUUUUGGUUUGUGGUACAGGUGAUUCUCCUGUGUAGCCUUGAUAGGAGCAGGUUCUGCAUCUUGUAUUCCUGAUUUCUGAACAACCUGUGUACAAACAGCAAUGACAAAUUUCUAGUUCUGUGUCUUCAAAAUAGUUGCUGGUAGAGGCAGAGGCUUUAGAAAGGUUGGAGAAGCCUGCUGUGUUCGUUGGCACACCAUUCAUAGAUGCUUCCUUUUGCUGUGAGCAUCCUCAGUGUGCUCCGUUUCCAUCUAACAGGGAGGUGAUAAAGCAGACAUCAGUCUCCAUGUUAAGACAUUCAGGCCAUGGAGUAGUGAUGAACUCUGUCAACUUGUGUUGCAAUGGAAUCGAGGUCAUGUUAUUCAGAUCAUUAAGAGAAUAAUUAAUUGUUGUGUGGAAAAAAAUGCAUCUUUUUUAAUAUUUUUUUCAUCUUUUACAGAUUUUCUUCAGGUUUUUACUUUUGAUUUAAAAUAUUGCAGAAAUAAAUUCUGCAUACAGAAGAAAUACAUGAAUGUGAGCAGUGCUAAGGUAGCAGAUUUGCAAUCACAGAUGACCAACAAGGCAAUUAUUGUUUGAUUUGAGAGAUUGGAUCUUUUCAGCUCUCCAGGAACGUGGAAUGGAAAAACACUAACAUUUGUUUAUAUGUUUUUCAGUUAAAUUGUGUGCUAGAACUCGUGUGGAUGAAUUAAUGUGUAAGUCCCUCAAUAGCAGAAUGAAAAAGCCAAAUAAGAGUGUGAGGCUGAGGUAGGGCCCAGGAGGGAGAUGGCAGGUGAAAAAUGCUGUUGCAGUGUGUGUACAGCACUUCAACAGCUGGGAUAAUACUCAACCAGAGGAGACUGUAGGCUGUGUCAGAGUGGUGUGUGUUAUAUCUGUGUUAUAGCCAGGAAAUACAUGAAAGCACUGCACUGAAGUGCCAUCUCUGGCAGGGCAGCCACUACACCUCUCAGGCUCUGUGAGGUUAAGCUUGAUGCCAUCUUUAGGAGUUCUUAGACCUGCCCUUGGGGAAGAGAGAUUCAGGCAGAAUAUUUUUUCUUAGUGCAGGUCUUGAUAAAAUAUUUCUAGUUCUUCAUUUUAACCUUUAUUUGGGAUUUUUGUUUCUUUGGUUUUUUGGCCAACAAGUGUCCUCAGUUUUUGUGUUGAGAUCCAAACAGCAGUGCAGAUCUCUGUUUUAAUGUCACUGAGUGUCUGUGAUUCAGGGUGCUGCAGCUGAGGUUAGUUUCUCAUGCCAUUGCUUCCACAGAUAAACACGUUUACCACCUAAUUUCUAAUUACAGAAACGCUGCACUUCUGACCUUUUUAGUCAUCUUCUGUCACGGUGGCUGACGCAUACAAAAAGCACUUGUUAACCCACUCUCUAUUCUUUCAUGCUUUCAUAUAUUCAUUCUUCAGCUCAUAAAAAUUACCUGUAAUUUCUGUGUCAUCGUGUGAUGUUUUUUCCCCUCCCCAAGGCAGAAAGAAGAGAAAAAAGAAAAAGGAGGAAAAAAAAAACGUGCAUAAUCUGAUGCUGUGUUCAAAUGAAUAGCCAUAUGCUUUACUACAGAGAAUUUCUGAUCUUAAUUUCUAUGAUUUAAAGAGGUAAAAGUAUCAUAUCAAUAAUAGUACAAGGAUAACGGGCUGUAAGUGUGGGAGAAAACAAAUUCUGUUUUGCAGAGCACAUCACACAUACCUACAGGCUGCUUCAGGCAGCAUUGUGGCUUCUGGGCUACAGGGGGAAAUUGUACUUAGGGCCCACAUUCCAAGUUCCAAAAGCUCUAACUUGUGUCACAGUUCUAACACUAAAUUGUUGUGGGUGUAAGUCUGGAGAGUUCUGGAUGUUCCUGAGCAUCACUUAAGCACAUCAACAGCAUGAAACCUGAAUAACAUCAGCUGUGGAAAGGUGGGGGUAGGGAUGGGGAGUACGUAUGUUUUGAGACCUCUAUUAGAUGUUGGAAAACGCAAGCAUUAUCCUAACUGUCUACUUAGUCCUGCAAAUAGGAGAUUUUGUCAUGACUCCUAUCCCAAGUGACAUUAAAAAUGUUAUUUUCUACAGUUGUCAGAGGUAAAUUCAUUUUAUUACCCUUCUCUAUUUGCUUAGAUCUGACUCUACUGUAACCAGUACCUCUUUAUUGAGUUGCCCUACUAUUGCCUCUACUGUUCUUUUCCUGCUGUACAAAACGUUAGAGCUUAUGCCCUGUGAGCACUGAUAAUUAAACGUGCUGCUAUUUUUAAAGGACAAAAGAAAGGUAAUGAUGUUCUGUGAUGUUUGAUUAUAAAACUAAGUCCCUUGCAUUAAAUUGCUCUGGUGGAAAUCUGUACUGUUAAUGCUUUCUGAAGUAAUGAUUAUGUUGGUGAACAGCAGUAUGCGAGAUGUACAAAUGUAUAAAUAUGUUAAUUUGUAAUAAAAAUUCUUUUAAUUA